AUGCGGGAGUUCCCACCGGAGUUACUCUUUGAAAUCCUUUUGCGGCUCCCGCCUGAGGACUUGUUGCGAUGUUUAUGUGUUUCCAAAGCUUGGAAUGCUACCAUCCAUGACAAAACCUUCAUCAAAUCCCAUCUCCAACGCUCCAUCCAAACCAAUUCAUUUGGCUCUCUUUUUGUAUCUGCAACUUUUCCUUGCAAUAAAUGUUCGUUCAAGUUCUCUGAUAUUUACGACGACGGUACUAUAGAACGAGCCAUGAAAAUCGAGCAGCCGCCACUGCAAGACGCAGAAAGCCGGACUCCUUUUCCUUCCGCGUUGGUCUCAUCCAAUGGGAUAAUUUGCAUUCGCACCGGGCUGUACGAGGACGAUUUUGUUUUGUGGAAUCCGUCAAUUCGAAAGUUCAAAAAGAUUCCCUCCCCAACGUUUGAGCAGUCUCCAUCACCAGAUAUACAUGUGUACCUAGGCUAUGGAUUCGGGUAUGAUUCAACAAAUGGUGACUAUAAACUUUUGGGAAUUGCGAAUUUUAAUGAGGCUGUGCAUCAAUGUCAAAUUUAUAGCCUAAAAUCCAACUCAUGGAGAAAGAUAAGAAACAUGCCUUGCGAUGAGUUUCAUAUGAUUGUAAGUCGGAUCCUGUUUUCGAACGGUGCUCUAAGUUGGCUGGCACAGAACAUGUUAGAUAGAAAAAUGCAUGUUGUGACCUUUGAGCUUGCCACCGAGAAAUAUCACUGGUUUCCCACCCCGGUUGAUGAGAAUGUGCAGUUAGAGGUCUUGGGAGACUCUCAAUGUAUUUUUCGUCGUUUGCGCACCAUGGAUGCUUGGAUUAUGAAGGAACAUGGAUCUUGGACCCUGCUUUAUUCUAUAGAGCUGCCCCCUAUGAGUAGGGUUAAUCGGUGGUGUUUGGGAUAA